CAAAUAAUCCGCGAUAAUAUCAAAUAACUUUAUGUUGUGAUUAUUAUUUUAAAUAUUGCAAUCUUGUUUCCGUUGAAUGUGGGAAAUGUUCGAAUCGGACUACGACAUAGAAUGUGAUAAUGAUUGUGGACCACCGCCGCCGAUUUUUAAUCUUCCGCCCCCGCCUCGACCCGACUUUCUUCAUGACCUCGACAAAUGUUCCGAGGAUGCUUUGAGUGAUUACGAAAUGUGUGAAGCAAUACCGUCGCAACAACAUCGACUAUAA